AUGGAAAAUAUUGAAAGAGAAAUAAGGAUAGUAAAAGAUGAAGGAGAGGAUAGCAAAUUGGUAAUAGGGGGAGACUUUGAUGCAAGGAUUGGGAAAGAAGAACAAUCGUAUGUGGGCACUAAUAAUGUUAACGGUAAAGAAGAGAUAGAGGAACAAAAAUCCAAGGUCGAACUUAAGAACAAGCAAGGAGAGUGUUUGCUGCAAUUAGCGGAAGAUAGGGCCUGGAAGGGUGUGAAGAACCGGGGAAUACAAAAAGAGAAAGAGGAAAUAAAAAAUAUUAUAUGCUGGGAGAAGGAAAAUGUGGAAGAUUAUCUUAAGAAAUUUAGCAAAUGGGAACUGUCAGACGGGAAUACAGAACAUACUUGGGAGGAAUUAAUAAGCAGAAUAAAAGCGAGCGUAAGAACAAGGGAGAUCAGAUGGAGUGAUAAGAGGAUAGGAUAUUUUAAAUGGUGGGAUAAACAAUGUAAAAAAGCAAAAAGACAGGUAAAAAGUAAAUAUACAAAAUGGAAAAGAGGGAAGAUUGCAAGAGAAGAAUACAUAGAGGAGAAGAAACGAUUCCGGGAAACGUGUAAUGAGAAGCGAGAGAAAGUAAAGCAACAAGAAAUGGAAGAGAUAAGAAAGAUUAAAACGGAGGUCCAAAUUUGGAAAUACGUAAAUAGAGAAAGGAUGACGCGACAGAGGUGGGGAGAGAGUAUAAAGAUGGAGGCAUGGGAACAGCAUUUUAUGAAUUUACUGAAUGGAUUUAAAGAGGUGAUGCGGAGCGAAGGUAGAAACUACGUGGGAGGAGAAGGGGAAGGGGAAGAUUGUUUGAAAGAGGAAGAGAUUGAAAAUGAUAUUAGAAUAAUGAAGAAAAAGAAAGCAGUAGGUAGCGAUCGUGUACCGGGGGAAGCUUGGAUAUACAGUGCAAGGAAUUCAAGAUCGAAGUUUAAAGAGUUGGUAAGAAAAAUUUGGAACGGUGAAGGAAUACCAAAAGAAUGGAAAAGAGCAAUUAUUAUGCCUACAUACAAGAAGGGAGAUGAGGGUGUGGUGCAAAAUUACAGAGGGAUAUCGAUACUGAAUGGAGCCUAUAAAAUUUAUGCAGCAAUAUUAAACGAGAGACUAGGAAAGGAAAUAGAAAAGAUUGAGAUAUUAAGUGAAACACAGGCAGGAUUUCGGAAACAAAGAGGGGUAUUGGACAUCUUUAUCCUUCAACAUAUAGUGGAAAGGGAAUUAGAAAAGAAGGGGCGGGGGAGGGAUUGUAGCGUUUUUUAUAGAUUUAAAAGCGGCAUUUGA